GCAAGGUUCCACCUCCCUUGCCUCAUUCCUUUCUCCUGACCAAGCCUGAGGUCAUUUUCAUCACCCCUGCCAUACAGGGGUGACUUUGUAUAUUUAAGUGACUUUGCCAAACUCGUACAGAGCACACAGUACAUUCCACAUCAGCCUGUAAUCCCAGUACUUGGGAGGCAGAGACAGGAGGACUAAGGGUUUGAGGCCAGCCUGGACUACACAGCCAAUUCCAGUCUAACCUGUGCUACCUAAUAAGACCCCACCUCAAAAACCACAGCAAAAAAAUAACUAGCAUAUUCCAUAUGCAGUCAUCCCCCAAUUCAUGGUGUUUCAGUACAAAAUACUACCCUAGCUGGCCAACACCUGUGUCUCUGCCUCCAGCAUUAAAAAAAAUUUUUUUUAACUUCUUAAUUAUGAAAAAUUUUAACAGUGCAGAAAAAGAAUAAAAAGCCCUCAUGUACCUGAAUCUUGACUUGAAAUUCACUAACAUUGUUUAAAAAAUUACACGUCAGUAUGCCAUGAUACUUCUCCCUGAAUACUUCAGAAUGAAAAUCAAAUGUCUAUCAGGUCAGGAGUCCUGUGCCCCGGGAUGCAGGAUUUCUAGGCGUAAAUACACCUGCCUCAUUCCAACAUGCCGUAACCAGAUGUGAGCCAGCGGCGGGAUUGGUUCCAGAUGGGUCUGGUUUGUGCCACACAGUGUCAGAGGAGAACACUGGGUGAAAAGAGGAGGAUGGGCAGUGGAGACCUCUCUGACCCUUGCCACAGUCCCCACCACUCCCUGGCUUCUCCAGCCCACAGCUGUCUGGUUAUCACUCUCCACUCUCUGCUGUUUUUGCUCCUGGCGAUAACUGUCCAACUCUGCCUAUUUCAAAAGCAAGAAAACAAAAAACAAAAAGGCUGUGUGCUCUUUCUCUGGAAUGGUGUGGGCAGAGGUGAGGAGGAGCACAAGGGCGAGUCCCACCCAGGGCAGAGAGAAACCUUGGAUGAGCCCUGGGGAAGAGCAGGCUAAGCAAGCUGAACAGAAGUUUGGGUGGCCCCAAUCCAGCUGAGCAGGAGCCAGCACCCUGCGUUCUCCAUCAAACCCUCCUAGAGACAGAGACCUUGUGCUGAGAGGGUGGCAGCCCCCAGUGUCACACGACUGACCGGCAGCUCCACAUUGGGUGAUCCAGAGUGUGGACUACGUGCAGCACUUAGCCCGCUUUCGCUCUCUUAGCUUUGGGAGGCAGACCUGACGCUGAGCACCGACCGUGCACAUGCUUUAAUGUACACAAUUUAGGUACAUUCUUUAAGCACCUACUGUGUGCUAGGCUAGCGCGAGCACCAAGACCCUGCACUCAUGCAUUGGCUCUCCAAUGAAGCUGUCAUCCAUUAAGGGGCCCAGAGUUGGGCAGCAGGCCACCCUAGACUCCCACCCCUGAUUCGAAAAAGUUCAGGGAGCGCGAGCUACAGGGCAGGUGGCAUCCAGAGAACCCCAUCCUACAAAAACUAAGGUUCCAGGUUGAAGCAAGGGGCGUUUGGUAUCUGAGCUGGGAUGAGCAGUCGAUGUGGAUGGGAGAGGGGGAUGGGAGGGUCUCAGGCCCACCCUUGGGCCUGGCAGUGCCUUAAACAGUGAGAGUGGCCGUGGGCAAGGCCUGAGACCGCAGGCCUGAAAUAGAGCCUCCUUCGCCCCCGCUGCCCACAGGCUGAGUCACCCUGGAAUGUGGCCUGGGCUGGGGUUGGCUCAGGGUCUGGGACUGAGAAGCUGCCAGCCACAUCAGGGGUCGGGCGCCUGGGCUCCCCGCUUCCUGCUUUUGUCUGUGCCUUCUUGGCUUUUCUGGGAAGAGGACAGCUGCCAGAAACAACACCUGCCAUCCCAACCCCAAGAGCAACAGCAGGCGGGGCAACCCGGUGAGCCUCCCCUGGACAGGGGCAGCAUCCCCUGGUUGGGCCAUGCCUUGGAGUUUGGACGAGAUGCUGCAGGCUUCCUCACGAGGAUGAAGGAGAAGCACGGUGACAUCUUUACUAUACUGGUGGGGGGCAGGUAUGUCACUGUCCUGCUGGACCCUCACUCCUACGACAUGGUGGUGUGGGAGCCACGCACCAGGCUGGACUUCCACGCCUAUGCCGUCUUCCUCAUGGAGAGGAUCUUCGACGUGCAGCUUCCACAUUACAACCCCAGUGACGAGAAGGCCAAGAUGAAGCCGACGCUCCUCCACAGAGACCUGCAGGCACUCACAGAAGCAAUGUACACCAACCUCUGCACCAUCCUGCUGGGCGACCCCACGGAAGCGGGCGGUGGCUGGCGUGAGACGGGUCUCCUUGAUUUCUCCUAUAGCUGCCUGCUCAGGGCCGGCUACCUGACUCUAUACGGAGUGGAGGUCAUGCCACACACCCAGGACAGCCAGGCUCAAGACUGUGUCCACUCAGCUGAUGUCUUCCACACCUUCCGCCACCUCGAACUGCUGCUCCCUAAACUGGCCCGAGGCUCCCUGUCAGCAGGGGAUAAGGACCGUGUGCGCAGCGCAAAAGACCGCCUGUGGAAGCUGCUGUCCCCAGCUAGGCUGGCCCUCCGGGCUCACCGGAGCAGCUGGCUGGAGAGUUACCUGCGGCACCUGGAAGAGAUGGGGGUGUCCGAGGAGAUGCAGGCACGGGCACUGGUGCUGCAGCUAUGGGCCACACAGGGGAACAUGGGCCCCGCCGCCUUCUGGCUCCUGCUCUUCCUGCUCAAGAAUCCCGAGGCCCUGGCUGCUGUCCGCAGAGAGCUGGAGCACGUCCUCUGGGGGACAGAGCAGUCUGGCUCGCAGUUUACCACCAUCCCGCAGAAGGCUUUAGACAGCAUGCCUGUACUUGACAGUGUCCUGAGUGAGAGCCUCAGGCUCACGGCUGCACCCUUCAUUACCCGAGAGGUCGUGGUGGAUCUCACCAUGCCCUUGGCAGAUGGGCGGGAAUUCUCUCUACGACGUGGUGAUCGCCUCCUCCUCUUCCCCUUCCUGAGUCCCCAGAAGGACCCAGAAAUCUACACAGACCCUGAGGUGUUUAAAUACAACCGAUUCCUGAACCCGGAUGGAUCAGAGAAGAAAGACUUCUACAAGGAUGGAAAACGGCUGAAGAAUUACAACAUGCCUUGGGGAGCUGGGCACAAUCAGUGCCUGGGGAGGAGUUACGCAGUCAACAGCAUCAAACAAUUCGUGGUCCUCAUGCUGACGCACUUCGACCUGGAGCUGGGCAGCGCAGACACUGAGGUCCCUGAGUUUGACCUCAGUAGGUACGGCUUCGGCCUGAUGCAGCCUGUGCACGAUGUGCUCAUCCGGUACCGCAUCCAGCAGUGACCUGCAUGGAGCAGACGCCGCGCGGUCACCUCCAGCCAGCUGCUACAGCCUCCCUGUCUGUGCCAGCAUUGCCUUUCUGCUUUUCUUCUAGAAGAUUGUUUCCAAAGGAGCGGACAGAGGGGACACUAAGAGCCCAAAGGCAUCAGAGCAGAAAAGCCUUCAAGCUCUGGAUUGUCACACAAGGCUUUGUGCUCCCAGCUCACCUUGCUCCUCCCACCUGUGACAUCCACAAAGCUCAUCCAGACAAGGCAGGGCCAGAAUCCUCCCUGCCCCCAACUCCCAGAGGGUCACCGACCCUCCCCCUAACAACAGGCAUGGGCCAGCCUUAGCUGGUCAGAGCAGGCGCUGACUGUGGAAUGGCCCUCCAGCCCCGGCAGUGCAUCCACUGGCAUCAGCUCUGUUUCCCACUUACUAAAGUAGCUAAAGCCAAAGGAGCCCCUUAGGAUAUGCCCCUCCCUGCACCCUGCUUGCUGCAUGUAGCCCUCCUCUCCGCUUGCAAGGAUACUUGGGAGACUGCAGGAGGGUUUUCUGAGCCUGGGGCAUCUGGACAGCAGGAUGUGGACUCCUCCCAACCUGGCCUCUGUGGGCUGGACUUUCCCUUCUAGAGCUGAAGGAGCCAGACGGGCUGGCCUUCCCCAUGCCAGACUCUGUAGGGAAGCCAGAAGGACCUGGUUCUGCCAGGGUAGCUAGAAGGAGCGGCCAGGGCUCUUUGGGAGGCUCGAGUCCAAGAGAAGAGCUCCCCCCGGCUCCCCCCACCAGCACACCAGGUCCCACUGCAGGAUUGUUGUCUGCAGACAGGGUUUGGGGUCCUACGCUGUAGACAGUCAGCUUAAUAGUCACCAUGUCAUUUGUGGGAGAGGCCGUUCAAACAUCCAACUCCUUCAGAAAAUGUGCAAGCUCUGGCCAUACUGGUCCCAUCUUCCAGAGGUCAUCCCUUUCACGCUCUGGGUCACAGGGUUUGGCUUGCUCUGUUUCUGUAUUCCCAGUUCCUUCCGCCCUUGAAGGAUCUGAAUUUGAGACCCUGUUCUGAUAUCAUAGGAGGUGUGGGAACCAGCCUAGUGGUCCUCAGGGCAGGUGUUCAUCCCAGCCUUGGUGCACCAGCCUUUGAACUCACAGGCCAGUGACAAACACUUCCCUUUCUCAGCUUUAGGAAAAAGAGCUUAAAAAGAAACCUCCUUUGUAACCUUUAUUAUGAUGGCAAUUGUCAUCAAUGGUAUUAGGGCCUGCUGACUGAGUGCCUUUAAACAGUUGUGACAGGCACAACAUCUAUGUCCCCUGUAAAGAUGAGAAAACAGGCUUAGAGAGGUGAAGCAACUUGCCAGGGGUCACAUGGCUCGUCAGCCGAUAGAGCUCUGCCUACACACUUAGGAGCAAAUGUUGGGUGGACAGCUCUUCAUUCUUUGAGAUCCAGAGGUAGUGGUGGGACAGUUAUGUUUGCCAUCAGAGUUGACAGCCAGAGGCACCCAAGCGUGACACAUCUUAUGAGAUGCAGACACCCAGACACAUACAUAAUGAGGUCCCUCUAGCUUUAGCAGAAAAAAACAUCUUGCAGAUGUGCUAGAGGUUUCUCUCUUCUUGGAGCAGCACUAGGGCCUGGGGGCUUUCCUGGCCCUCGGACUCCAGGCGCCCCCAGGAUUCCCAGACAGACGGUAUGAUUGGCAGGAGGCUGGAUAUCCCCAGGGAAACCCAUCUUCACGCCCUGGUGACCCCACUGCUGCCUGCUUCUUAUCUCUGCAGGAAAUCAGAGCUGGCAACCUCUAGUGGGAGGAUGAGCCGGUUUCCAUGGCAACCCUCAGCUGCCUCCUCCUGGCUGGAAGGGAAGGAAGCCAGCAGAAAUAGCUACAGAAGGUUUCUCUGCAGGCUGCAGCCCUGGUGUGUUGGGGAAGCCCUCCGACUUCCCCCUUCCUGGGCGGGGCGGCCGUUUCCUCUCCGGAGACUGUCACCUGCAUUCAGAGAGGGCUGAUUCCCUUUAAAGGCAGUGCCUCCCUGGAGCCUGGGUCAUGAGGAGAUCCCAAUCAUGGGAGAGAUGGGGCUCUCGCCAGGCGGCUCCAGCUGAGACCUGAGGCAUGGACACGAGGUCCAGAGACAAUGAUUGAAGCCUGCCCUCGUUUUAAUCUUCAUGAUUUGUCUUUUCCUUUCUCCUUUUUUUAAUCUUUAAAAUAAACUUCAGAGAGUCGGGGAGAGGUGAGUGGAUGGACCUCUGCAUAGUUCUUGGCGUCUGGCUUGAGAGCCACUGCUGUGAGAUGUGCUAGAAUCCUCUGAGGCUGACACGGAGUGCUUCCUUCAGUCAUUUUUGCUCUUUUUCUGCUGUAUUUUUAACUGUUGUUUACCAAAUGUUCUCCUUUAAGCAGAUUCACUUUUAAAACACAAAUUUGUUUUUCAAAUGCUCCCAGUAACGGAUCACAUGUGUCCCUCACUGCCCAAGACAGAAGGUGACUGUGGAGAAUAAAUUGGCCAGGGAUAGGGCUCUGUGGUGGUGAGGCCAAGGAGACUCGGCCUGAGAGCCUUUCCUUUAGGUUUCAGAAGAGCCCAGCAAGUGUCAGGGCUGGCCACAGGCCUCGUCCGCAUCUCCCUGUGACCUUCUCCUUGGUGGAUCUGCAGAGGAUGAGAGGGGUCCAAGGAGGGGCACGGUGCUCACAGCACAGGCCACCCAAUUGAGCUGAUGGCAUCCUACCUGCCCUGACCUUGUCUCCUGGCAGAGCAGGCACCACGAGUCCAAGCAUCUUGGUCCAGGCCAUUGGUUUUGAUGUCACUGUUGCUGUUUUUAGUAAACACUGUGUUUCUUGAGUACCGUGACAGUUAAAGCCUUGCUACUUUAAUAAACUUCUAUUUUCAUAAAACAUUA